UGAUAAAAUUCACGCUCGUCAUCAUUCCUUACGACAGCGAGAUUUACAUUUAUUUAUCGUUCUUCGAGUGUCCGCGACGCUGUUGCAUCUCAGCGCCGUGUAUCUUCACGAUCGAGAAUAGAACAGCGCAUCGUCGAUUUCGCUCGCGGACGACUCGCGCACAUGUGGUUACAUUUCCGAAAUGCACAGACGAAGUAUGUAGCCACUCGGUUUCUCCUCCGGUGCGAAGCGUGCGGAGAAUGCUGCGUGAAAUUUGCUCACGAAGACGAGGAGACAGCCGUCGCUCGCGUAAUAAUGUGCGGCUACUGCUCUUGGGUCAGCCAGCUGCUGGCGAAGAUCGAUGCCGAUGCGGCGCAACAGAGGGAGAGGAAGAAAUCGGUGGACCCAGUCGUCAUCGUCCACGAAGACGUCGGCAAGAUUCCGCGAUAUGCGCGCAAGAGACAUCGCGCGACGAUUGCAGCGAACGACGACGAAGGUCGGCAACGCGGGGUCACCGCGGUGUUGAAGGACUGUUCGGGGGAACAGACCGGCAUGUUGGAUGUGGAUAUCGCGCGAUCGCGAUAACCGCGAGGAGAAGUGCGACGAAUAGUGCCCUUCAGAUGCACGCAUUUCCCGUGGGCAUGUUGUGUAACAAGGGUUACGUGUACUACGGCUGCGCCAGGAACGAGAAGUUCUCCGAGAAGAUCGACGUUCUCGAGCGACCGCAUGGACCGCAUGUGCGGAAUUUCCGGUUAGUCGGAACGCCGUGAUUCCUUUUCUCUAGCUCCGAGGCAUAAUUCGACGUAUUCCGCACGCAUUCUCUCAGACGUACUCUUGCCUCAGCCAGCCAAUUUGAGGCAAUUUGAGACCGGCGGUUGCGUGUACAUCAGCCGUCAAUUUUCUCAUGGCAAUGUCUUCCGUCGCUUCCGUCGCACGGAACACACAUGCAACUUUUCACAUAACAAUGCUUCGCAUUCA